GGACAACUGAGAAAUGAGAAUCGUGCUUCUCCAGUAAGCCCUCCCAUGCCCUUGUGCUGUCCCUCUUUCAAGAUCAAAAUUGUCUCUCACUGAGACUGAGAGUAGCAUGGAAAACCAAAAGCGUCUCAAACUGCGAAUCUCUCGCAUGUUCCGCUCCUCAUUCGGUUCCUGCAGAACCCGUAACCUAACCGAUGUGAUGGAAAAAGCGGUUUUUGCACCACCCAACCCGGUGGAACCAACCUCCCCCAAAACAACAAGCAACGACACUUGCAUCGUGUCGUUUAAGGAUUCCCACUCUCUCCCCAGACGCAAAAUCUCGGAAUGGCCAUCACCUUUUCUAUGGGCUGCUACCACCAAUCACAACCUUAACCUUAACCUCAACCUCGGUGUCAUGUCGUGCCCCCCCACUUCCCCCAACAUUUCCCUCAACACAAUCCACGAACACGAUUUCGGCUUCGACGACAAAACAAAGGCUUUUUCAACGAUGACCAAAACCAAGAAGAAGAAGAAGAAGAAGAAGAAGAAGAAGAAGAAGAGACGUGCCCAGAAGAGAAGGGACUUUUUCCCUUUCAAUUCUUGCGCCAAAGACACAAACUUUGGUGGCUACUGGUGGUACAGCACCGACGAAGACGACGAAACCGACACCCUCUUCUCCUCCCGGAGCCUCUCCUCCGACUCCUCCCGCUCCCACCGUCGCCGCCGGAAAACUGACCGGAGCUCCGACAUGGGUCUUCUGCCGCUGCACGGAAAGGUCAAGGACACCUUCGCGGUGGUGAAACGCUCCAGCGACCCUUACAGCGAUUUCAGGACUUCCAUGCUGGAAAUGAUCGUGGAGAAGCAGAUUUUUUCGCCCGCGGAUUUGGAGAAUCUCUUGCAGUGUUUUCUCUCUCUGAAUUCGUAUCACCAUCAUAAGAUCAUUGUCCAAGUCUUCACCGAGAUUUGGGAGGCCCUCUUCUCUGACUGGUUUUGAUUUUAGACAACAAAAAAUAAGAGGGAGAAAGAAAAUAACUGCCAUCUUAUCUUCUUUCUCUCUGUUAUUUGUUUAGUUCAGUCCUUCUAACUUAAACUUUCUCUGCAAUCUGCAUGUAUGAUAUGAUAUGAAUAUGAUAUCCCAUCUUAAUUACUCA